AGCCGUCUCUGAUUUUGUGACCAUACGAGCACAGGUGAUGCUGAUCUUCGGGAACUUUGCUUAUUCCAAUCCCUUCCUUGCACCACCCUUCUCCUGUAUCAUUCUCUGCAACAGCUUCUACCUCAAGUCAUCGAUUGCAAACAUACCAUCGAUCUGAAUACUAAGUUGAGGUUGGAGAAACGUCAAAGUUUCUACUAACAUGGAGCCCCACGACAUUCCACCUCCGCCAUAUUCGGAGACGGAUAUCUACUCUCAUGCAGGUCAUUCACCCGUCACUCGCCGGCCCAGCUCCAACAAUAAUGCUGACGAUGCCUCUAUCGCCGCAUCGUCGUCACAUAGCAACAUCAUCUAUACUCCUCCAGGAACUCCUCGUGAUACACAGCACAGCUUUGCGGGGCAUGAUGACUACCACACCAGCACUGCCUCAGCGCAGGCAUACUUUGACUCUCGCCCAACUACAGGACGAGUCUUGGUUCCCACUGUGGUGCAUCAAAUCACGAUUUCCGACAAUUCCGCGCCUACCGAUUUCCCAUAUCCUUCAUGGGCUGCUGCACGGCAAAUUAUGGAACAAGAUUGGCAGACUUUCAUAAACUACCUGAUGCCGGAUUAUGCCGCACGAGCCAACUCACGCAUCAUUGAUCGCAAGCUUCGUGCUGAGGCUGAAGACUAUGUCCCUUCGUCGGUGAAAGGUCAUGCAGAGGCACAGCUGGACCAGAUCAAGGGUUCGAACGAUGCCUCGCAACAAAAGCAGAGUUUAGAAGAUACGGUCAACGAGUGGAAUGCGGGUUUCUUCGCACCUCGAGGUGUGUCCAUCAGGCUCAGUAUCAAGACCUUACCAAGUGGCUCUCGGCGCAUGCCGGGUGCUUGGGAUGAUGGUUUCGAUGCCAAUACGGCGGCAGCUCCGGAACCAGCAAGCCAAGCACGCCGCGGCUUCCGGAACUUCUUGAACAAUCCCCGUUUUUCGAUGGAUAGACUCGGCCACAACUUGAGAAUUGGGCCUCUCACAAUCGACGGCGACCGCGUUGCAAUCGGCAACUCUUUCGAAGCUGACGGACGUGGGGUACGCUGGAAUGGUCGUCAAAUCGGCGCAGCUACUCCUGGUGGACCCUUCUUCGGUGCUGGCAUCGACGGAGGUGAUGCUGGGACCCCCGUCCACCGUCAGGAACGAAAAUUUAGAGACAGUGGGCGGCACCAGAGCCGUGAGCACCAAUACGGCGGUAGAGGUGCCAGAGAUGGCCGUCGUUAUCGCUCAUCUUCUACCAGCUCGGACUCUAGCAACUCAACUUCAUACUCUGUUUCCACUGUAAGCUCCAUCGGCUCCCUGCCCGACUGGGACGAUCUGCGCGAUGCCCAACUCACGGUAGUCAAGACGUCCAUCACCGACUGGCUGUCAAACCCGGAACAGCCCGUUUCCAAGGCUGCGUUCAAGCGAGCCAAGGCACAGAUUAAAGCCGCCAAGUCGGCGCCAGUGCCGCCAUCGGUAUCGGUGAAUCAGCGUCAGGAGGUCAAGCAGAUACUCGCCCAAUGGAACACGUUGAAAAAGACGCAGAAGGCAGCACGCAAGGCAGCGAAAAAGGAAACAAGGGCUCAGAAAAAGGCACUGAGGAAAGCUCGCAAGAAUGCCAGGAAAGAGGGUCGACAUGAGAGGAGGGAAUACAGAAGGGGUGGGGCCUGCGGGCCGGGUUUCAUGGGCAUGAGAUUUCCUCCUGGUGUCCCCGGCAUGCAUAACCCCGGCGUUCCAGGUGUUCCCGGCGCCCAUAUACCUCAACAAGGGCAUAACAUGUUCUUCGACCCGGGACGCGCCGUUGGACCCGGCUUCUUUAGCGGACGAGGGCCAUUCGGUGGGCACGAUAGUAGACCCGAAGGUCAUGACGGCGCGGGACAACGGCGCGGCAGUCCCGGACCUUGGAACAACCUUCCCGGCUCUUGGCCGUGCACGCCCGACCAGCCCCGCGGAUGCGAGGACCAAGCUUUGGGAGAAGCUCUACGCGCAGCACAACAUGCUUCAUUCGUACGUCUACAGUCUCAGGCCGAGGCCGAGGCCGCCAGGCAGCAAUCUGUAGAUGUUCAGCACACGAUGAUGAUGCGAUACGCAGCCGCGCCGCAUCAAUAUUCAGGGUCUCAACGAGCGACGAUGCAGCAAGUCGCCCAAGCACAGGCACAGGCCUCGCAGCACUCCGCAGAAACCCAACGAGCGACGUUUCAGUCAAUGGGAACUGCGGACGCGCAAGCCAGAACCGCUCGGGAGUCGGCCGCGCAGCAGCAACCAGGUACGCAUGCGUGCUCAGCGGCCAAGUACGCCGAGGCGGAUCGGCUGCAGCACUCCAUGUUGGCCAAAACGGAGAUGAUUCAGGGGUUGCGGCGCGAAAUGGAGGCGGAGCAGUCAAAGCCGGCGCAGGGUAGUUGGACGGGGUCGGCUAGUAAAGAGGAAGGAAGCGAAAGCUUGAGACAGAAGGAGAGGCAGAUGGAGGCGCUGGCCGGGGAGAUUGAGGGGCUGGGGAACAGUCUGGAGAGGUUGAUGAUGGAGGCUGAUGAAGAGUUUGCUAGGGAGCUGGAAAAGGAGGAAAGAAGGGGGGCGGCGUAAAGGGGUUAGGGGGUGCUUCCGCAGUGUAAGGUAUGAGAUGGACGGGCUU